AUAACCUUCUUUUAUUUUCAUUUACAUAUGAUAUCUGUGGGCCCACUUAAAAAAAUGGCACCCUUCGGUAGGAAGAACUUACUGGGUAUCAUCUUGGCCGGAAUUCUCGCCGGCUUUCUGCCGGAAUUAAUCUCCGCUCAGAAUUCCGUCGCUGACACCGUGACGCAGGCGUUCUUCGACGGGAUCAUCAAUCAGGGCACCGGCAACUGCCCUGGCAAGAGCUUCUACACUCGUGCAGCGUUCAUCGACGCCGUCGGAUCGUAUCCUGAAUUUGGCACGGGGACAUCGGACGACUCCAAGCGCGAGAUUGCUGCGUUCUUCGCACAUGUCACCCAUGAGACCGGAUUUCUUUGCAAAAUAGAAGAGGAUGAUGGUGCAUCGAAGGACUACUGCGACGAGACAAACACUCAGUAUCCGUGCGUCGCUGGCAAGGCCUACUACGGCCGUGGACCGAUUCAACUGUCGUGGAACUACAACUACGGGGCUGCUGGAAACAGCAUCGGAUUCGACGGUCUAAAUGCUCCAGAAACUGUGGCCACAGAUGUGACGGUGUCGUUCAAGUCAGCCUUGUGGUUCUGGAUGACCAAUGUCCACUCCGUCAUUGGCCAAGGCUUUGGUGCUACGAUUAGAGCGAUUAACGGUGAUAUCGAGUGCGAUGGCAAGAGGCCCGAUCUUGUGAAUGCACGAGUUGGGUACUACACAAACUACUGUAACCAGUUUGGUGUGUCACCAGGCGACAAUCUCACUUGCUAGAGACCGUUGUUUCCUCGUUUCAAUUUCUAGAUUGCUCGAUGCAUAGCGUACGAAUAAAUAAAAACGCGGGCUAUGUCCCGUGGAUAUCAGUUGUAACAA